AUGGCGGCACUGUUGCUGGCAUCGCACCGGCACGUCUUCCUAUAUAUGGAUGAGUCCAUGUCAGCCGAGGAGAUGCUGGCAACCACGGCCGAAAUGCAGCAGGUGCGAGACUCUCUCCUUUCCUUUUCGACCCCCCUCACAGUGGAUGCGGAGCGGGCAUGGCGGACGGUCGGCAGUAGCGACAGCGGUGCGCCGCCUCUUCACAUGAGUCGUACGCUUAAUGCCCUGGCCCACACGGACGGGGAGUACGAAGUGCUUCUCGCGGCGGUGUCGCGGGAGUGGGCCGAGCAGCAGGAACAGCGCUUGACGCGGCGCCCACAUGGAGCGGCCACCGCUCCAGGCGAUGGUGAAGCUGGCUCUGUACCGCUACCAAAGACGUUCCAACGAGAACUGGAGGAAGCGCGAGCCGCGCAACGUGACGCCGAAGACGCGCUGGCAGAUCAGCGCCGCGCGCAUCGCAAAGAGGUGAUGCUUCUCCGUGCGGAGCUCGAGAGCGUGCAGCGGAGCGGCGACUACACCGCCGUCUCGGAGUCGCCGAGCGGGUCUACCGUGAACGGCAGAGCCGUAUCGCACACCUUGUUGCACUCCCUCCAGCAGCAACAGCACAGGCACCACCAUCACUCGAGUGAUGCCGAGUCGAGCGCCGUCGUAUCGCAGCUGCAAAGGGCUCUUCAGGACGCGCGCAAAGCACAGCAGUUCGCUGAGGAGAAGGUCCGCUUGUUGGAACUGCGGCAGUCGCUGACGUCGGGCAGCAAAGGUGCACCCACUGCGGCAGGGGACGCCAGCGGCGCCGUUACCUCCCCGCGACCAUCUCUGCGUCUGCAACCGUCCAGGGUGACCAGCAUUGCAGCGCCCAGCCCUUCCGCGGCGGCACCGCCCGCCUGGGAGCAGAACCUUCUCAAGCAAGAGAACACAGCGCUCGUCGCGGAGUUCCAACGCAAGGAGAGGGCGUGGCAACAGCAACUGCACCAGGCUUUGGCUGAGGCGGCACAGCUGAAGCAAGAACGAGCCAACAUGGAAGCUACGCUGCAGUUGCAGUCGCAGGCAAUUGCGGCCGCGCAGCAGGCGCUCGUGGACAACCGCGUAACACAGGAGCAGGAGAUGAAGCAACUGCUGGAACGUGUGCGAGUGCUUUCUCAGGAGUCCCGCUCUCGGCGCCGUAAUCAGACCCAAUCCGCUGACACAGACCAGACGCGCGGGUCUCAGGCAGGGGGUGAUGUGCGUGAAGCAGGGGUGCUAUCGCCCCCUGCCCAUCUCUCUCGCCCACUACAGCGGCAAGCCACGCCUGAGGUGUCGCCUGUCGAUUCCCCCAGGUCGAAGACUACAGCGUCCAUCGGUGGCAUCAUGAGCCCGGAUCGCUGA